UUCCACUGCUUUUUAAUUUUAGAGGAAUCUCACAGCAGCUCCCAAAAAGAUCUCUUCAAGGUCUCCAUUCGGUAUAACCUUUCUGACGACUUUCAAAAAGUACAAUGAUAACGGUUGCCAUUUUAGUGCUUGCAAUAGCCGCAGAACAGUGUUUUGGACAAGGCUUAACUUGCUCAUCUGCCUAUGAUAGGUUACCAGAAAACAAUGAUAUUAAUGUCAACUGUGGCCCUACGAUGAUCACCUUAACCAUCAAUGUUUGUCCAGUGCAGUAUGCAGUGAUUGACCCUUCAACACUGGCCCUUAAUAGCAUGCACAAUUUGACUCAGUGCAAUGGAACACUGGAUACAUCCGUCGAUCCUCCGGUCAUUAAAUUUGUCUUCCCCAUAAAUGAUACAUCAGAAAAUGCAUGUGGAAACAGCAUUUCAAUAGAGCAAAGUGCAGGAAGCGGACUCUUUUCUCAGUACUCAAAAGUAGAAACAGUUGUCAUCGGUGGAUAUGUAGACACUCCAGUAUCAUCGAAUACAGGUCUCAUAAGCUACAGUACAAACCUAAACUACAACUUCUCUUGCCGAUACCCUCUGCAGUACCUUCUUAACAACACCGAGUUACUGACAUCAUCAGCAACAGUUGCCAUAAAUACAAAUAACGGGAGCUUCAUUAGCACUUUGAGCAUGCAGUUGUCCAUGGAUUCAAACUUCUCAUCUUCGUAUCAGUUUAAUGGAACUGCUCUUGCACUGAAGACGCCUAUGUAUGUUAAAGUUGCUGCCACAAACCUUACUGCUGACUUCUUUGUGGUGCUGGAUGAAUGCUUUGCUACACCAAAUGCUCUGAUAACAACUAUACCUGCUGACAGAUACAGCCUCUUUACAGGGUGCGAUGUUAAGAAUAAGACAACCAUCAUAUCCAAUGGGCGUGGAAAAUCUGCCCAAUUCACAUUUGAAACCUUUCGGUUUGUUGUGCACAAUAGUCUGCCAACUUCCACAAUCUUCCUACAUUGUGUCACACGUUUGUGCCAGCCAGACAAGUGUGCCCAGUAUUUGGCAAGCUGUAAUAGCAGUAGUCCAUCUUCAAGAAGAAGGAGAGCAGCAGAUACCUCUUCUGGGACAUCAGAUCCAGUCACUGUGUCUUCUGGUGCUAUAUAUACCGUGGAUCCUGAUGCCAUAUCCCAGUCUUCCAUCCAGGCUUUGACGGAAGUUAAAGAAAUAAAGGGCACUUUGACUGGACUCAUUGUUGGACUUGUAAUCGCUGCCAUCUUGGGAGCCGCGUUGGUAACUGGAAGUGUACUUCUAUAUAAAAUGCACAUCCUCAAGGCCCAGCAGGCACAGAAGAAUGGAGCCGACAACUUUGCCUUCAGCGGGAAAUAAGCAUUUCUCUUUAUUUCUAAUUCGAUAGAAUUUUCUAUACCCAUAGUAAUAUAUUACAACAAUAUUCUACUUUUUGCUUGAUUGUUUAUAUAUAUCUUAGACAAUAAUUUCAUUUUAAUCUUCUUUCAAAUGUAUAUAAUGGAACAAGGAAAUCAAGUAAAUAUGAAUUGAUUGGGAUUUAUAUUAAAAUGCAUUGUUUAAUAAAAAUACAUGG